CUCACUCCAAGUUCAUUCGACAGUCUGAGCGUCCAGCAUGCAGCAACUGCAGGAUGCGAACGAUGUCGGGCAGAAGGGCGCUGCUUACCAAUGCCGUGCAUUCUCUAGCUUAGGUUGCAGCAGCUGAGAAACUAGCGAAGCCCCGCAUUGCCUGGCUUGGACAUGUUUGGCGAUGACCAAAAGCUUUGGCCACAGCAUUCAUGGUCCGACUGGUUGAUGUGACCCCGAUUCUUCCGCGGAUCAAUUGGGGCGUUCUGCACACAAAGACUCUCAUGAAAAGAUAAGUGUGCCAUUCCGAGAAGGCCCGUGGAACGCAGAUAAACGCGAAGCUCCUGGGCGCAACGGCGGAGCUCAGAAGUAAAGCAAUCACAAAGGGAGGGAUGGCGCUGAAGGGGUGCUGGCCCAUAGUAGCAUUGCUGGUGCUCCUGCUAGCUCUUCGGGUGUGCCAAGCAAUCACUGAGCCAGACGAAGUGAGCGCACUCCUUGCCAUGAAAGAGGGCUGGGGCAAUCCUGCUUCCCUGGUUGGUUGGAACUCCUCCUCCGACCCAUGUGAACAGACGUGGCGAGGCAUCUUAUGCAGCCCAACAUCACAGAGCGGCAACCGGCGCAUCACAGGGAUCCAGCUUCCGGGCAACUUCUUCAACGGGACGCUUUCAUCGGCAGUCGGUGCCUUGACCUCCCUCACCCUGCUGGACCUGAACGGAAACUUGCUCACGGGAGCCAUGCCGCCCGAAGUGGGAAACCUGAGGUCGCUUCAGCGUUUCGUGAUCCAUGGCAACAACUUCAGCGGACCGCUUGACCCGUGGUUACCCAAAUUGGCAAACCUGCGCAUUGCGGAUUUUGGCAUGAACCGAUUCAGCGGGCCUUUCCCAGACAGCAUCGGCAACGCCCUCAACACCCUUCAGAACCUGGACUGUACGCUGUGUUCGCUCUCCGGCCCCAUUCCUGCCAGCGUGGGCCUCCUUAGCAGCCUCCAGAUGCUCGGCCUGGGGGGUAACAACCUCACUGGAAUCAUCCCCCCCGAAAUUGGGUCCAUCGGCGGGCUACAGUUUCUGAACCUGCAGAACAACAGCCUCAGCGGACCCGUGCCAUCCGAGCUGGCCGCUCUCACCAACCUUCAAAUGCUGCUCCUGGCAUUCAACGACCUGACAGGACCAGUCCCCACAAGCAUUCUGUCAAACCCGGCGGUCCUGGCACGGUUCGACGGAAACCCUCUGUGCUCCCUUCCGGCAAACGCGCCGGUCUGUACCGGCCCAAGCCUUCCUCCCCUGGGGAUGCCCCCGGGGGGACCCGGGCCCGGCUUUGGGGGGCCCGGCUUUGGGGGACCGGGCCAACCGGGGGGUGGCCCCCCAGUUGGCCCGGGAGGAGGCGCACCCGUCGUCACUGCUGCUGCUCCAGCAGUCUCCCCGGCUGCAGCACCCACCCCCCUGGCAGCAGCACCUAGCCCGGUUCCAUCAACCGGGGCCUCGACCGGGUCUGCAGCGGUGCCAAGCUCCUCUUCCUGGGGAGCCAACCAGAGCGAGCCGGCCAGCGCGGCGGCCGCGACUUCGACGACUCUGAGCAACAGUUUCAACCCACCCUUGACCACGGACAGCGGUUCCUCGUUUCCGCUGGGUGCCACGAUCGGGAUCAUCCUGGGCGCGGCUUCGCUGGUGGCGAUGUGCAUCUUCUUCGCGCUGCUAGUUGUGUUCCGGCGGCGGCAGGACAAAGAGCUGGCGGAUAGCCUCAAGGGCGCGGCGCUCCUGGGCAGCGCCGGAACCGCAUCGGGAAGCGCCGGAAGCGGAACCGCCCCGCCAGCCACGCCAACGUCAGGAUCCGACACGUGGAGCGACAAGCUCUUCUCGCUGACCAUCGCGCCGGGCAGCCAAUCCGGCUCGUCGCCGCAGACCUCCGGCGACCACGGCAAGCCGGAGCCCGCCAACCUGGUCGCCCCGCUUCUGUUUACAUUCAAGGCACUGCAGAAGAUGACGGACGGCUUCGACCCGGCGCGCCAGGUCGGGGAGGGCGGGUUUGGCAAGGUCUAUUGGGCGCGCAGUAAGGACCGGGAUGUGGCGGUCAAGCGGCUCGACAAGGACGCCGCUACGUCCGCGAAAUAUGGUGAGAAGCAGUUCCGCACGGAGGUCGACGUGCUGAGCCGCAUCCGGCACCCCCACCUGCUCGCGCUCAUUGGCUACUGCGCCGACGGCGGCGAGCGCGCGCUCGUGUACCCGCUCAUGCAGAACCACAGCCUCUUCGACCAACUGCAUCGUGCCCCGAAGCCUUGCCCAGCUCUGGCUACGUGGCGCAAGCGCCUCACGAUCGCCACCCAAGCCGCGAGCGCCCUGGCCUAUCUGCACAACGAGGCUUCCCCGCCCGUCAUUCACAGAGACUUCACCAGCAGCAACGUAUUGUUGGACGGCGGCUGGACGGCGGUAGUGUCCGACUUCGGUCUGGCCAAGCUCAUGUCCAAAGCGGGCACGCCCAGUAUGGUGCAGUCGACCCGCCUGCACGGCACGCUCGGCUACCUGGCGCCAGAGUACUUGCGCGGUCACGUCACCGUGAAGAAUGACGUGUACAGCUUCGGCGUGGUCCUGCUGGAGCUGCUGUCCGGCCGCCGCGCCGCGGCGUCCGAAGAGUUCGACCUCGUCCAGUGGGCCGCUGACGUCAUCGACGGGCCGCCCCCGGCGCUCCCCAAGCUGCUGGACCCGGCCGUCAAGGACGAGGCGCCGGAGGAGCUCCUGACGGCAGCGGUGCGCGUGGCGCGCGCAUGCGUCGAAACGGACCCCAAGCGGCGGCCGCGCAUGAACGAGGUCUACACCUCGCUCACAGUGGCCCUUGAGGCGGCUUACGGCGAAAAUUCCGGCCUGAUUGUCAGCAAGCCGUUGGCGAUCUCGAGGCCGGCAGCAGAGGCACACGCCGUGGUCAAUAUUCCAGAGGCGGAGUCAAUCUAAGAAGUUUAAGACCUCCUGGCCGAGACUACUAAAGACUUCCAAAACAAUGCGGACGCCAAGUCCGGACAGUCUUGAAAUCAGCUGAAGUCGCCAGCUAUUUAUUGUCGUUAUUCAAAGUCGUUUAUACAGGGAACUCGUACCUUCGAAAGAAAGUUGGUGGGGGUAACUACAUAAAGAUCGUGCAGCAUUCGGGCACAGGACAAUAUUAAUAUUAAGGCUACUAUGAAGCCGAGGGUUGUGAGACGACGGAGAGGAGUUUGAGAGGUGGUUUGACAGUACCUGGUGCUUUCGACGAGUUUUGGUUUUUGGCGGGAACUCAAACGGAGGAGCUUUUAGGAUAGCACACUAUCUCGUUACUUGCCUCAGCUGCACCACCUCUGAUUGGCUCUUGAAGAAGAGGCCGUUCCAUGUACAUUUGUAUCGGAUUGUAGGCAUUGUAUCAAGAGAGCAGCAGUAGGAAGCGGAAUUAAUAAGUCUAGUCAGGUUUUUGACAAUCGCAGCUCCGAUUGUAUAAGGGCUGCAAGUUACAUGUAAUGCGGGUACGUAGACGACGUUGCUCCUUAAAAAUAUCGUGGGGAAUCCUGCAUCGCAUUACAAUAUGCAACGCCUAUUGAAAUACACCGCGA